GGCCGGCGGCGGCGGGAGGAGGCGGGGGCCGGCGGCCGUCGCUGGCGGCCCGGCCCGCCAUGAGCAGAGCGCAGCUGACGCGGACGGGGAUCCUGCGGAUGGCGCUGGGCGGCGGCGGCGCUGACCCGCUGCUGCCGGCGGAGGGCGGCGGGGACCGGCGGGCGCCCUUCCUGCUGCGGGCGCUGCGCAUCGCCGUGGUGGUCUGCCUCUACUGGUUCACCUCCAUCGCCAUGGUCUUCCUCAACAAGUACCUGCUGGACAGCCCCUCGCUGCGCCUCGACGCCCCUCUCUUCGUCACCUUCUUCCAGUGCGCCCUCACGGCCGCCCUCUGCCUGGGCCUCAGCCUGGGGGCGGCCUGCGGGGCCCCCUGCGCCGGCCUGCCCAGCCUCCGCCUCGACCCCAAGGUAUCCCGCAGCGUCCUGCCCCUCUCCGCCGUCUUCAUCGGCAUGGUCACCUCCAACAACCUCUGCCUCAAGCAUGUCGGCGUGGCCUUCUACAACGUGGGGCGCUCCCUCACCACCGUAUUCAACGUGCUGCUCUCCUACCUCCUCCUCAAGCAGACCACCUCCCUCUAUGCCCUUCUGGCCUGCGGAGUCAUCAUAGGUGGCUUCUGGCUGGGUGUUGACCAGGAAGGAGCAGAGGGUACUCUGUCAUGGACAGGUAUAUUCUUUGGGAUCUUAGCAAGCCUUUGUGUCUCUCUCAAUGCCAUCUACACCAAGAAAGUACUGCCUGUGGUGGAUGGUAGCAUCUGGCGCCUGACCUUCUACAACAACAUCAACGCUUGUGUCCUGUUCUUCCCCCUCAUGGUGCUGCUGGGCGAAUUCCGCACCCUCUACCACUUUGACAAGCUGGGGAGCCCCAGUUUUUGGGGCGUGAUGACCUUGGGGGGAGUGUUUGGCUUUGCCAUUGGGUAUGUGACUGGACUUCAGAUUAAGUUCACUAGCCCACUCACCCACAACGUGUCUGGGACGGCCAAGGCCUGUGCACAAACAGUGCUGGCUGUUAUCUACUUUGAGGAGACAAAGAGCUUCUUGUGGUGGACGAGUAACUUGAUGGUUCUGGGGGGCUCCUUUGCCUACACAUGGGUGAAAGGACUGGAAAUGAGAAAGGUGCAAGAGGAUCCUAAUGUCAAAAGCGGUGAAAGAAAUGAGACUGGUGUGUAGGUGGCUCCUGCACCUCUAUUUUUGGGCCUGGGAGGGAUAACCUUUGGUGCUCCUGGGGAAAAGAAGAGCAAGGAGCAGGAAAAAAUGCACCUGCAAAGUGUAUGGGGAACUGUGUCAGGAACCAGAGCCAAAGACCUAACUGGAUCAUGUGUUAUCUCACCCCGUGUCAGAGUUGGGGAGAGCAUGUGUUGUGGAGAUCAACUGGGUUGGGGUUUUUUUGUGAUUGUUUUUUAAAAUGGAUGUUGUUAUUUACCUAAUCUGGGAAAUUUGCAUCUUGGGGGGGGGGUGGGCUCAUAUCAGACCAAGACUGGAAUGGGAGCUUUUUGUAGUUAGGGAUCUAAAAUUAAUUGAAUGAAUGCAAACUGGAGUUAUAAAAUCCUGAACCUGCAGGCAAGGAAGAGGCAAGUAGCCAGACUGUUUGGGUUAGACGUCAGUAAACUGUUUUGCUGCAUAAGGUUUUUGCAACAGCUGUUCUUCCUGUUGCCCCAUUCAGUGCAGAGGAUGGAAAUUCUCUCCCUUCUGGCUAUGUACAAGUCUAAGCAACAGCAGUGCCUCCAAAAUGCCUUUCCAAAGAGUCAGUAUCACAUCCUUCUGAGGUUUUUUCCUGAGUUGCUUUACACCUGGUUUCUCAAUUUGAGGAAGAGAGAGAGCUGAGAGACAAGAAUUAAACUUCUCAUUCUCUCUGCACUGUAUCCAGUGAGGGAGAGUGUGCUCGAUCUAGUGGCCUUUCUCACGGAGGAGCGAGCUUGGCCUGUGUGUCACUCGGUGGCAAUCAGGAGGGGAAGAGUUACUCUGAAACGCUGCUGUAGGGUGGGGAUCCCAGUUCACCGAGGGUUUGCAACACUUCUCCUUACCCUCUUUGUAGGGGUAGGUUUGUAUUGAAAAUGGGUUUGUUACCCAUUCCCUUGUUUCAGGGGGCUUGUUCCAUGUUUACUUUGUAGCUCCUUUGUGAAUCCCUCGAUGCAAUGAGUUUUGCUCAACUGUAUCAAUUCCUUUGCUUGGAACUUGCUGCUGAACAGAUCUGAGGAAAUCUCUGCCCACCCCACCCAUCCAGUCGGUUCUAUGCAAUAGAGUAUGUCUGUGCUGUGA